UGAGGUUCUGAGCGCACAGAAUGAUAUGGGUUCCUGCGGGGCAGAUACACAGCCGGUCGGGCAGUGAAAGGCACAAACUGAGGCCAAAAUAAAAAACACACACAAAAAAAAAGAGGCGCUCCGAUGACAUCACAGGUCACAUGUCCGGGUAUUACCGGAAGGAGCUGGUUGUGCUGCGCUCACUGAUUGGCGGAGGGAACCUGAGCACAAGAAUAUGGAGCAGCUCCAGCUCCCUGAGGAGAACCCGUGUAAUCCACUGAACAGGAAUCCGGCCACAGAGAGGAUCAUGGAUCUCAUUCUGGAGAUCAUUUGGCUGCUGACGGGAGAGGACUGUGUUGUUGUGAAAAAACAAGAUGGCCAUUCUGUACCCAGCAGCAGCGCCAAUGUAUCGGAAGGAUACUGCACGGUUCAGGGCCCACAUAAAGACCCUAUGCCCAGGUCUCAGCCCCCAGAGAGUAACAGUAGCAGGAGGGCCCAUCAGCCGCUGCCCUGUGAGGUUCCGGCAAGGAGCGAGGACGUUGCUAUUCGUGUCACCAUAGAGGAGAGGGAAUACAGGGAAGGGCACAAGGAGCGGCACAAAGGAAAGGCCAGGCCACGCAAGGACCGUCCCCCACUGAGUGAAUUUCCAGAGAUUUCAGAAAGAUGCCGCCUCCCUGCAUAUUCCCACAAUACACCAGAGGAGAACAGACUGAUCCCUCCGAAUUACCAGAUGGAGCCAGGAGAUGGCACGGUACCCCAGCACUGGAAGGAGGAGGAGGAGCUUCCUAAUCAGACGCCUCUGGAGCCAUUUCCAACCCAGACUGCCCCAGACAGAUGCCCAAUCCCUUCUUAUUCUCAGCACUGUGCCAGUGAAAGUGAUGGUAUCCCACUGGGCUACAAGGAGGAAGAUGAGGAAACGCCGACGGAAAUGAGCUCAGAUGAAGCCACGAGCAGCAGAAACAUUGCAGACACGGCCCACAGCCCUCCUUACUCACAGGAUUUCAUACAGGAAGAAGAGAACUCCAUUACACAGGGUCUUCAGGCGGAACAGAUAGAUGUGAUAGUACUGGAACGGUGUAAGGAGGAGGAGAUCCCUGCAGAGAUCAGCACAGGAAACCCAAUCACCUGGGAGGCCCAGUUAGACGCACGUCCCAUUUUACCAUCAAUGCCGGAUUUUGGAAACAGGAACUUUGUAACGGCCCCUCCUUUCUGCGGAGAUGGAAGAAAACCCAUGAACGUUCCGGAAAGCCACCCCGCGUUACCCGUCCCAAAGGACCCGUCGGGGUAUCAUUAUAACUGCAGGGAAUGCGGCAGAGUUUUUAGCAGUGAGUUGGAGUUUCGGUCGCACCAAAUCCUACACGCCAAUAAGGCGACGUACGGUGGCUUUGGGUACGAGGCACGGGAAGAUUUAGCCGCUCACCCAAGAGUUCAAAGGGAUGAAAGCGCAGAAACAUUACUUUAUAACUCGACCAAUCCCGAGCAGCCGCCGAAGAAGAAAAGCUACAUGUGCCUGGUGUGCGGCAAAUGCCUGAGCCAAAAGUCCGACCUGAUCAUACACCAGCGGAUUCACACCGAGGAGAAAGCGUUCGCCUGUGCGCACUGCGGCAAGUGUUUCCGGCACAAGUCCACUCUCGUCAUCCAUCAGAGGAUUCACACCGGGGAGAAACCCUUUGUGUGCUGUGACUGCGGCAAAUCCUUCAAGCAGAGCGGGCACCACUUGGCGCAUCGGCGGAUCCACACGGGAGAGCGGCCAUUUUCGUGCACGGAAUGCGGGAAGAGUUUCAAGCGCAAGUCGACUCUGCAUUCCCACCAGAGAACGCACAGAAGAAAGUGAUUGUAUUUUGGGGACGUUGCCCCUGUUUGUGGGAGGUCUCUGUUCCCAACUACUGCAAAGGCUUUGUCUUCUGUAUAAACAACCCCCCCCCAUAAAGAAAUCCACUGGCUUUUAUCAUUAUAUUAAUAAAUAUAGUAUGGAUGCACCGAAUCCAUUAUUUUGGGAUUGGGCCGAAGCCCAAAUCCUUGUGAAAGAUUCGGCAACUACCAGACUGAAUCCUAAUUUGUUUAUGCGACAAAGUUUCUUGAUUUUAGGGAUUCGGAUUUGGUUCGGCCCAGAGCGUGGAUUUGCCCAAAUCCUGCUGAAAAAGGCCAAACUGAAUUCUGGAUUUGAGGCAUCCCUAAUACAUAAAAGGUCAUGUGAUUGCGCAUCAAGAUCCACACUCAGUAGGGGUUUCCAGACGAGGGGUUGGCCCCUAGGGGGAGCCUGAUUAUUUGCCUUCAUUUGGGGCCCCUGAGGAAGAGGCUGGAAAGGCUGUAUAAUAAGAUCAAUGUGGUUGGGCGCAGGGAGGGGAAUGUGCCCAAUGUCAGUAGAGCAUCUCUUUCCAGUCCACUCCAUUAAUUACAGUCAUGUGACGUACACUCCUUGCCAAUUUUUGACUUUUUCAGCAUAUAAUUGAUCUUCAUGUCAAAAAUAUGAAUAAAUAAAGGAGAAAUAAUUUAACAAA